AUGGCAGAGCCUGCCCUUCUCCCCGCCGCCCAGAUGGAGAGGCUGGCCCCCGUGUCCCUGGCCUCACCGUGCCCCCGGAUCCCACGGGCUCGCAUCGCCGGGCGCCCGAGGCGCUGUGCCCAGCGCCGGACUGACCUGGGCUACAGCUCGGGCCCCUCCUCAGGCCCGGAGCCCCCUCAGGACCCCCCGCGGGCACGCCCUGCCCGGGGCUCCCCCACCUGGCUGUCCUCGGAGGAGAGCUUGUCCAUGGACGGCUUCUGGAUGGAGGUGGAGAGGAUCCAGCAGAGGGACGAGCCGAGAGAAGAGGACGGCGUGGGCGAAGGCCGGCCACUAGAGGAAGGCGAAACGGAAGCCCAGUGGCUGCGGGACACGGGCCUGUGGGAGCUCCUCGGCGGCCGGGGCGCGGGCAGCCAUCCGCGCGGGCUCCUGUCCACCCUCACGCAGACCCAGGCGGCCGCCGUGCGCCGCCGGCUGUACAUCUACACCCGCUCGGCCCGAAGACGCCGCAAGGCACCCGUCAGGGACGUCAGGGACGUCAGGGACGUCUUUGGGGGCCUCAGUGCAGGGGAGAUCUCUCCAGAGAACGGGGGUUCAGGUCUGAGAUGGGCGCAGCUCGGUUCCCGGACUCCUAAGCCUCCUCCAGCCGCUGAGCCCGAGGGGCCGCAGGCACGGGCUGCGAUGGAGGAAGCCUUCCGCACCGACUCUGCCUACUCGGAACAGGCCGCUCUGCUCCUGCAGAGGGGCCCGCAGCCCGCGGGAGGCGCCUGCGCCUGGAGCCAGGGCUCCCUGCCGACAUUUAGGAUCCCCAAAGGCAGACUUGGCCUGACGAGGGUGGGAGACCUGUCCUCUCAGGACAUGAACAAGAUCCCUGCUUUGGCCCUCAUCGAGCUGACUGCCCUCUGCGACGUCCUCGGCUUGGACCUGAAGAGGAGCAAGGCGGGGAAGCAGAAGGCAACAGAAACGCGUCUCUUCGGCGUGCCCCUUGAAGCCCUGCUGGAGGCCGACCGCAGAGCCCUCCCCUGCACCCAGGUGCCACUUCUGCUUCAAGCUCUGCUGUCCUGUUUGGAAAAGAGAGGGCUGGACACGGAAGGCAUUCUCAGGGUGCCUGGAUCCCAGGCCAGGGUCAAGGGGCUGGAACAAAAGCUGGAGAGAGAUUUCUACACGGGCCUGUUUAGCUGGGACGAGGUUCACCACAACGAUGCAUCCGAUUUGCUCAAAAGGUUCAUCCGGGAGCUGCCAGCGCCUCUGCUCACUGCUGAGUACCUCCCGGCCUUUGCCGUGGUGCCCAACAUCCCCAACCUGAGGCAGCGCCUGCAGGCCCUCCACCUGCUCAUCCUGAUCCUCCCGGAACCCAACAGGAACGCCCUAAAGGCACUCCUGGAAUUCCUCAGGAAGGUGGUGGCCCGGGAGCAGAGCAACAAGAUGACGCUGUGGAAUGUUUCCACAGUAAUGGCCCCUAAUCUCUUCCUGCACCGAGGGCAGCCCCCCAAGCUCCUCAAGGGCAGGGAGAAGCAGCUGGCAGAGGGGGCAGCCGAGGUGGUGCAGAUGAUGGUGCACUACCAGGACCUGCUCUGGACGGUCUCCUCUUUCCUGGUCGCCCAGCUGCGAAAACUGAACGACAGCAGCGGCCGGCGCCCCCAGCUCUGCGACGGGGGCCUCAAAACCUGGUUGCGAAGGACACACACGGACAGCGACGAGGCGGGGGAUGGCCCCGAGGCGGCUCCCCAAGUGGCAAAGAUCCAGGCAGCCUGGCCUAUCAAAGAUACCCUGGAGGUGCCUCUGACCCCCAGCACCAAAGUGGCUCAUGUCCUCAGGCAGUUCACAGGGUGCCUCAGCCCUGGCUUACAGAGUCAAGAGGGCAAUAAGGACAAGGACAGCCUCCUCCCACGCAGCAGGUUGAGGAAGUCAGCCGACAUCGUCUUCUACGAAGUUGGAGGGAACAUCAGUGAGCAUCGCCUGGACCCAGAUGCCUACCUCUUAGAUCUGUACCGCGCCAACCCCUGCGGCGAGUGGGUCGUUAAACAGAGCCCCGCCUAA